UGGACAGCUGAGGAUGACGAGUCGCUCAGAGCAGCCGUGGCUGUGGUUGGAGAUGGAAACUGGCAACAGGUUGCUGCCACGAUGGGAAAGAAGUCUGGGCAGCAGUGCCUGCAACGGUGGAGAAAAUCAAUCGAUCCGGCCAUUCGGCGGACUCGCUGGACAAGAGAUGAGGAUGUGGCGCUCAAGAGUGCAGUCGUACUUUAUGGUGAAGGACACUGGGCAAAGAUUUGCUUGCACAUACCAGGACGUACGGAUAUGCAGUGCAGAGAGCGAUGGGUUAAUAUCCUGAAUCCCAGUAUAAAGCGGGAUCCACUCAAUGAUGAGGAAAAGAAUAUUUUGUCAAAAUUAGUAGCAGAACAUGGACAGAAGUGGUCUCUUAUUGCUCGAUUGAUGCCCGGAAGAACAGAUAAU